GCACCACCCAGUCAAUUUGGAGAAAUUUCACAGCCAAGCCAAAAUUAUCUAGAAUUAUCCAGUUCUUUAGGAGAAAUUCCGCAACAAGGCCAAUAUUAUCCAGCAUUACUCAGUCCUUUAGAAUACCCGCAGCCAUACCAGGAAUCAACCUUACACUCUCAAGAAAUUAGUGAAGGUCGACCGAACGAGCCUGAUGUGGAGUCUUUGGCUUCCAGCCAAAUACACAAUACAGCAGCUCUUGUGAACCAUAAUGAUCAACCUUUUACCUUUGAAAAUGAAAAUAAUCAUCAAGCAUUUGACUCUCAAAAUGAAUUAGAAUACCCGCAGCAAUGCCAGGAAUCAACCUUCUACUCUCAAGAAAUUAGUGGAGGUCGACCGAACGAGCUUCAUGUGGAGUCUUUGGCUUCUAGCCAAAUACACAAUACAGCAGCUCUUGUGAACCAUAACGAUACACUCUCAAACAAUGGCAUGCAAGGACCCGAUGACUGUGUUGCCUUCGAUAAGUUUAAUAAUCAACAAAACUCAAAGAAAAAUAAAGCACGUUGGGGAAAGGAAGAAACUAUGUGCUUACUUAUAUAUUUGAUAGUAAAUAAAGAAAAGGCUCAACAGCUCAAAAGUCGGGGCGUUAUAGCUUUCGUCUGA